AUGGGUGUCACGCAUCUCGUGCUGUUCCAAUUCAAGUCCGGCCUGACUCAGGAGGUGAUCAAUCAGGCCUGUAAAGAUGUUAUUGCCCUAAAGCAUCGAUGCCUUCACCCAGAAACCGGAAAGCCUUAUAUUGUCUCCUUCAAGGGAGGCAAGGAUCAUUCACCCGAGGGUAUGCAACAUGGAGUUACACACGGAUUUGUAGCCGAGUUCGAGUCGCCCGAGGACCGUGACUAUUACGUCUCCAAGGAUCCGAUUCAUUUGGGGUGGGGAAAGGAGCUCAAACCUCUGGUUGACAACGUCAUUGUAGUGGACUUCACCGGGGAUGUUUUGUAAAGGGACAGCUGUGACGCUGAAGGAAACCUGGAAUUGUCGACUACAAAGCGACGUUCUAAUGGAGCGAUUAUUACAGACAAUGUCUCACUAUUCAUGAUUCCUAGCUCACAUACUAUCACUUCCAAAGGC